CCCUGGAGCCGGGACCGCUGCGCGGGCUCCCGCGCGCUCUUUGACAGCGUGCCCGCAUCUCUUUGUUUGGUCGUGGCUUCCCCACCCCUCUGCAGAGCAAAUUGAUUUUCGGUUUCGCUUGACACUGCGCGCUGGCACUUAGUGUGGGAGCGUGGGCCGAGGCCUGAAAUGCUCCUGGUUGGCAUCUUUGCGCCUGAGGGUGUCGCGAGCCCAGGCGGUGAGGACAGGACGCCUCUGGCCCAGCGAGCCGGGCGGCAUGCGGCGUGGACAUCAGUGCUAAGUGCCCCCACGCUGGGCACGGGGCGUUCUCGCUCCGGGCGGUGGGCCCAGCGGCGGCGGCGGCGGCGGAGGGGAUGCACCCGGGACGCGCAAGGCUUCUGCGAGCUACCGCCCCCAGGUGGACCCCGAGCGGGGCUCAUCGCAGGACUGCGAGGACCCCUGCCCCCCGGGGCACGAGGCUGCGGAACCUCGGGGUCGCCUCUGCGAUCAGGAUGCCCUGGGCGCCUCCCCGCUGGUGAGGAUGUCCUGCUGCGCGACUCUGUAUCCCCCAGCCCCCGUCCCUGGUGGACACGACUGCGCGGGCCCGGCUUUGGCCCCUCGUGCCGGUGGAUGAAAAGCACCGGAGUCCUCGAGUGCUAUCGGCGAUUGUAUCCGAAUUCUAAGAGCCAUGGACGAAGGCGCUGGGCUGCAGCCCCAGGCGGGAGAGCAGCUGGAAGCCCGGGCCGCAGUAGGAGCUGUCCAACAGGAGUCCGAGCCGGAGACCUUUAGGUCGAAGAGUUUACCCGUCCUGAACAGAGCCUCCUGUCGGCCAGAUCUAAGUUCCGUGAGUGUAGGCGCCAAGCCAGGCUGUACAGAUUCUUUGGGCCACCAGGAGUUGAAACAAGGCCUGAGCCCAUUGGCCCCCAGCCCCUCUGCCCCGUCCACUUCGGCAGAGAUGGCGGGGCUUGCGGACUGUAACCACAGGGUGGACGUCGGCAAAACCAUGUCUGUGUCCUCCACUUUGGCCAUGCUCCAGGGGAGAAGGUGCCUCUAUGUGGUCCUCACCGAUUCUCGUUGCUUCCUGGUGUGCAUGUGCUUCCUGACCUUCAUCCAGGCCUUAAUGGUCUCCGGGUACCUGAGCAGCGUCAUCACCACCAUAGAAAGGCGUUACAGUCUGAAGAGUUCCGAGUCGGGGCUGCUGGUGAGCUGCUUUGACAUCGGCAGCCUGGUGGUGGUGGUGUUCGUCAGCUACUUCGGUGGCCGGGGUCGGCGGCCCCUGUGGCUGGCCGUGGGUGGACUUCUCAUCGCGGCCGGCGCUGCGCUCUUCGCCUUACCUCACUUCAUCUCGCCUCCCUACCAGAUCCAAGAGUUGAACGCCUCUGCCUCCAACGAGGGCCUGUGUCAGAACGGAAACUCCACCGUGACCUUGGAGCCUCCCCACUGCCUGAAGGAUGCGGGAGGAAAUAAUCACUGGGUCUAUGUGGCUUUAUUCAUCUGCGCCCAGAUUCUCGUGGGAAUGGGCUCCACACCUAUUUAUACCCUGGGACCAACCUACUUGGAUGACAAUGUCAAGAAAGAAAACGCAUCUCUGUACCUAGCCAUCAUGUAUGUCAUGGGAGCACUUGGUCCUGCAGUGGGAUAUUUAUUAGGUGGACUUCUUAUUGGUUUUUAUGUUGAUCCCAGAAAUCCUGUUCGCCUUGACCAGAAUGACCCUCGUUUCAUUGGAAACUGGUGGAGCGGAUUCCUCCUUUGUGCCAUUGCAAUGUUUCUUGUGAUAUUCCCAAUGUUUACUUUUCCGAAAAAGCUUCCGCCUCGACACAAGAAAAAGAAAAAGAAAAAAUUUUCUGUCGAUGCCGUCAAUGAUGACGACGUCGUGAAGGAGAAAUCGAAUAACAGUGAACAAGUGGACAAAAAAGUUUCUUCUAUGGGAUUUGGAAAGAAUGUCAGAGGUGUUAUUAUUGUGCCCAGUGCUGGUGUCGGUAUUGUCCUGGGAGGCUACAUCAUAAAAAAGUUGAAACUUGGUGCAAGAGAAUCUGCAAAACUAGCAAUGAUCUGCAGUGGUGUGUCUUUACUGUGUUUUUCAACCCUGUUCAUUGUUGGAUGUGAAAGUAUCAAUCUAGGAGGUAUAAACAUACCUUACACAACAGGGCCUUCCCUCACCAUGCCUCACAGGAACCUGACCGGAAGCUGCAAUGUCAACUGUGGUUGUAAAAUACACGAGUAUGAGCCAGUCUGUGGAUCGGAUGGGAUUACGUACUUUAACCCCUGUCUGGCUGGCUGCGUUACCAGUGGUAACCUCAGCACUGGGAUAAGGAAUUACACGGAAUGCACCUGUGUCCAAAGCCGGCAAGUCAUCACCCCACCCACAGUGGGACAGCGCAGCCAGCUCCACGUGGUCAUUGUCAAAACUUAUCUCAACGAGAAUGGCUAUGCUGUGUCUGGGAAGUGCAAACGGACCUGUAAUACCCUCAUCCCAUUCUUAAUUUUUCUUUUCAUAGUCACCUUCAUCACAGCAUGUGCCCAGCCAUCAGCCAUCAUAGUAACACUCAGGUGAG